CAAUUGGCUUCAAUCAACCAGCAAACCACAAGUCUCAAUCAACUGAAAGCAACCACAAGAGAUAUUUGUUACAUUGGUAACUAUAUAAUAGUAGAAGACACCUAUUCAGCAAUUUUUAAACAUAAUUUCUUGUCAAUACAAUUUUUCAUAAACUGUUGAAAACAGAACACUUCUCUCUGACUUGGAACUCAAUAGAGUAAUGGAACCAGAACUGGAAAAAUGUGAGAAUUCCAACUUCAAAAGACCCUUAAAGAAGAGUGAAAUUGGAAAAAGGUUUACUGAUGAACAAGUGAAGUUACUUGAGUCCAUGUUUAAACUAGGGACAAAGCUAGAGCCAAGAGAAAAGCUGCAGUUGGCAAGAGAUCUUGGGCUGCAACCACGCCAAGUAGCUAUUUGGUUUCAGAACAAAAGAGCCAGAUGGAAAUCAAAGCAAUUAGAACACGAAUAUCGGAUACUCAAAGAAAAAUUUGACAAUUUACACAUGCAAUUUGAAUCCUUGAAGGCAGAAAAGGAGAAACUACUCAUUGAGUUGGAGACAUUAAAUGAUCAGCUAGAGAACAACCUUGCUCGAGGCAGCAGAAGCCAAUACUCAAAAGACAAUGAAUUGUACACAAGUUCAGAAAAUGGAUGUACAGACUUAGAGUUGAAAGAUAGCCCAGGUUGCUCAAAUGCAAGAUUUGUCCACGAGAGGGUAAAUGAAGAGGAUGAUGACACAGCAGAAGAAACAUACAAUUACUUCAUUCCCAAAGAAGAAGCAGAGUUUUGGAACAUGGAGGAAUUAGGAGACAAUAAUUCCUUAGAACACUGGUGUGUUGACUUGGUUAGCAAUUCCAAAUUGUGGGACUUCUGAGCCUCACAAUUGUACAGAACUUUCUCAAAGUGUUUCUGUUUCGCUAUUUAUAGAGCCAGAGUAGUAGGAGAAUAGGAGGAAUCUAUACCUCAGCUAUCUGUUUUCUUCUUUUCCAUUUAGCUUCUUAUAAAAAUGAUCUGAGUCAUAGAGGAGUUGUAGCACAAAUAACCGGGUUUGCUUCUGAAUCCGUGAACAAGAUGCAAGAUUUAUAUUUCUCCCAA